AUGGAGCCGCGGGACGGCAGCCCCGAGGCCCGGAGCAGCGACUCGGAGUCGGCCUCCGCCUCGUCCAGCGGCUCCGAGCGCGACGCCGGUCCCGAGCCGGACAAGGCGCCACGGCGCCUCAACAAGCGGCGCUUCCCAGGGCUGCGGCUCUUCGGGCACAGGAAAGCCAUCACCAAGUCGGGCCUCCAGCACCUGGCACCCCCUCCUCCCGCUCCCGGGGCCCUGUGCAGCGAGCCAGAGCGGCAGAUCCGGAGCACUGUGGACUGGAGCGAGUCCGCGACCUAUGGGGAGCACAUCUGGUUCGAGACCAACGUGUCAGGGGACUUCUGCUAUGUUGGGGAGCAGUACUGUGUAGCGAAGAUGCUGCAGAAAUCAGUGUCCCGGAGAAAGUGUGCAGCCUGCAAGAUCGUGGUGCACACCCCCUGCAUUGAGCAACUGGAGAAGAUAAAUUUCCGCUGUAAGCCAUCCUUCCGUGAAUCAGGCUCCAGGAACAUCCGUGAGCCAACAUUUGUGCGCCACCACUGGGUACACAGGCGACGCCAGGAUGGCAAGUGUCGGCACUGUGGGAAGGGCUUCCAGCAGAAGUUCACCUUCCACAGCAAGGAGAUCGUGGCCAUCAGUUGCUCCUGGUGCAAGCAAGCAUACCACAGCAAGGUGUCCUGCUUCAUGCUGCAGCAGAUCGAGGAGCCGUGCUCCCUGGGGGUCCACGCUGCCGUGGUCAUCCCACCCACCUGGAUCCUUCGUGCUCGAAGGCCCCAGAAUACCCUCAAGGCAAGCAAGAAGAAAAAGAGAGCAUCCUUUAAGAGGAAAUCUAGCAAGAAAGGGCCAGAGGAGGGCCGCUGGAGACCCUUCAUCAUCAGGCCCACCCCGUCCCCCCUCAUGAAGCCCCUGCUGGUGUUUGUGAACCCCAAGAGUGGGGGCAACCAGGGCGCUAAGAUCAUCCAGUCCUUCCUGUGGUAUCUCAAUCCCCGACAAGUCUUUGACCUGAGCCAGGGAGGGCCCAAGGAGGCGCUGGAGAUGUACCGCAAAGUACACAACCUGCGGAUCCUGGCGUGCGGAGGCGACGGCACGGUCGGCUGGAUCCUCUCCACCCUGGACCAGCUGCGCUUAAAACCACCGCCGCCCGUUGCCAUUCUGCCCCUGGGCACUGGCAAUGACUUGGCCCGUACCCUCAACUGGGGAGGGGGCUACACGGAUGAGCCCGUGUCCAAGAUCCUCUCCCACGUGGAGGAGGGGAAUGUAGUGCAGCUAGACCGCUGGGACCUCCGUGCUGAGCCCAACCCCGACGCGGGGCCCGAGGAGCGUGACGAGGGCGCCACUGACCGGCUGCCUCUGGAUGUCUUCAACAACUACUUCAGCCUGGGCUUCGAUGCCCACGUCACCCUGGAGUUUCACGAGUCUCGAGAGGCCAACCCAGAGAAAUUCAACAGCCGCUUUCGAAAUAAGAUGUUCUACGCCGGGACAGCCUUCUCCGACUUCCUGAUGGGCAGCUCUAAGGACUUGGCCAAGCACAUCCGAGUGGUGUGCGAUGGAACCGACCUGACCCCCAAGAUCCAGGACCUGAAGCCCCAGUGCAUUGUUUUCCUGAAUAUUCCCAGGUACUGCGCAGGCACCAUGCCCUGGGGCCACCCUGGGGAGCACCACGACUUUGAGCCCCAGCGGCAUGAUGAUGGCUACCUCGAAGUCAUUGGCUUUACCAUGACGUCCCUGGCAGCGCUGCAGGUGGGCGGGCACGGUGAGCGGCUGACACAGUGCCGCGAGGUGGUGCUCACCACGUCUAAGGCCAUCCCGGUGCAGGUGGAUGGCGAGCCCUGCAAACUCGCGGCCUCUCGUAUUCGCAUCGCCCUGCGCAACCAGGCCACCAUGGUGCAGAAGGCCAAGCGGCGGAGUGCCGCCCCCCUGCAUAGCGACCAGCAGCCCGUGCCUGAGCAGCUGCGGAUCCAGGUGAGCAGAGUCAGCAUGCAUGACUACGAGGCCCUGCAUUACGAUAAGGAGCAGCUCAAGGAGGCCUGUGAGUGA